AUGUCGGCAGACGAGCAGAACUCACCUCAUAUGGACUCUGGUGUCGACGCCAUUACCGAUAGACUAGGUGCCAGCAACCUCCAAGACGAUUCACCGCGAACCGAUGACGAAUAUGCUCAAUCACAGCUCACCCUGCGAGCCAUUGUGACGUCCAAGGAAGCCGGUGUGAUUAUUGGCAAGGCAGGUCAGAAUGUGGCAGACCUACGGGACAAGACUGGCGUGCGCGCUGGAGUGAGCAAAGUCGUGCCGGGCGUGCAUGACCGCGUCCUGACUGUCACUGGCAUUCUCAAUGGCAUCGCCGACGCCUAUGGACUCGUGGCAGACUGCCUGGUCAAGGGUGCACCACAGAUGGGUAUUGGGGGAUCAGUAGCCGCGGCGCCUAACACUCACCCUAUUCGUCUCCUCAUCUCACACAACCAGAUGGGUACGAUCAUUGGCCGACAGGGACUGAAGAUCAAGCAGAUUCAAGAUGCAAGCGGUGUACGCAUGGUUGCACAAAAAGAGAUGCUUCCACAAUCAACCGAACGCAUUGUCGAGGUGCAAGGUACGCCAGACGGCAUUCAAAAGGCUGUGUGGGAAAUUGGCAAGUGCUUGGUAGACGAUGAGCAGCGCGGAUAUGGCACCGUACUCUACAGUCCUUCUGUUCGUGUCGGAGGAGGUGCACCUGCUGCACCUCUCAAUGGCACUGGUGAAUCACGCGGAUACAAUGCACCACGGAGCUACAACAGAACUGGAAAUGGUGCCGACUUCACGAGCGGUGCUCCUGCAUCUUACCCACCUCGCCGCAAUGGCGCAUCCGAAGGCGGCGGCGGCGGCAGCGGCCCUCCGCCACGUGUGGAAGAGGGUGAGGACAUUCAGACGCAGAACAUCAGCAUCCCUGCCGACAUGGUUGGUUGCAUCAUUGGUCGUGGAGGCAGCAAGAUCAGCGAGAUCCGAAAGAGCUCCGGAGCACGCAUUUCCAUUGCCAAGGCACCUCACGAUGAUACUGGCGAGCGCAUGUUCACCAUCACUGGCGGUCCACAAGCCAAUGAGAAGGCCUUGUAUCUCUUGUACGAGAACCUGGAGCAAGAAAAGAUGCGUCGAAGCCAAAUCCCGGAGGCUGCAGCAUAG